CUUUCAAAAACGUUCAAGUUCAUAUUUAUUUGAAGAACCACCCAAGUCUUCCAGCGAAGAUGAAUUUAUUCCGUAUCAAGAACAACGUAAAGACAUUGAGUUCAGCUCGGAGGAAAUUUUAACGAAGAUAAAUGAAAUAAUGGACUUUUAUUCCUUUUUGACUAAAAUUGGAGAUUACAGAGUACCGACUUGUCACAGACAAACAGACAGACUGAUUAACUAUGGAUUUGAAAGAUUUGUGAGCAGCGCACGUGGUGGGAAACGCGGAGACUCGUUUUGGAACAUCUAUUCCGAUAUUGAAGCAGAAGCUCGCGAAUUUGCAGUUCAAGAAUGUAUGAGGAAAGCUGCGUCUUUUACGGUCGAAGAAUUGGCCGAUUUCAUCGAUAAAAAGUAUCGUGAAAUUCAUGACUUACCAAAAAGCGAUUCAGGUCAUGACGAGAGCACUUUUCGCUCAAAUGAAAUUACGAGUAAACGUUGGAUGGCCGAAGGAAUUUGA